CCUUGCCCUGAGAAUGAAGAGAGUACAGCUCUUCUAUCAGUGUCCUAAAAUAGAAGGCCCUUUCCAUCUGUUGGUCUGAAGUCAGCCUCAUGGAACACAAAUCAACCAGAGGGCACAGGGCUACAGAGAAAGAAAGACAAGGAACGAUAAAGUUCUUCAGACAGAGGUUUCAUUGUCCAGACAGCAUUAACUAUCAACUAGCUUAAUUUCUUUUUUUUUUUUUGUCCUUUUUUUGGAUGGAUACAUUUUUAAAAACAAUUUUAAGCCUGAUUCAUAUUCAUCUGGAAAGAAAUCAAUAAUGAAACUGAAUGUGGGAAUAUUUUUUGGAGGCUUCUUUGGGGCUCUGGGAAUUUUGCUCUUUUUGGUGGCCUUUGGAACAGAUUACUGGCUUCUCGCUACAGAAGGUGGAAAGUGUACAACAGGUCCAGAUGACGUUGGGGAGGAAAAGAUCACUUUCCACCAUGAAGGUUUCUUCUGGAGGUGCUGGUUUAGUGGAGAUGUAGGGGAGAACACUACUAACAUUUGGAAAUUCUGGUACACCAACCAGCCACCUUCUAAAAAUUGCACACAUGCUUACCUCUCACCAUUUCCUCGUAUCCGAGAUGAAUACAACUCAACCUCCUAUGACUCUGCAAUCAUUUAUCGUGGUUUCUGGACUGUUCUCAUGCUCUUGGGAGUGGUCACUGCUCUGAUGGCUGGUUUCUUCAUCAUCUGUGCAGCCCCCUAUGCCAGCCACAUUCUGUACAAGACAGGAGGAGGCUUUUUCAUCACUGCUGGCAUCAUAUUUUCAUUGGUGGUCAUGAUGUAUGUCAUCUGGGUCCAGGCAAUGGCUGAUCUGGAAAACUACGAGAACAUGAAGAAAAAGGAUUGUCCAGAUUUUACUGUUCAUGUGCGCUAUGGCUGGUCUUUCAUACUGGCUCCUAUAGGAAUAUUUUUUGCUUUGUUUGCAGGA